AUGGGCGUGCUCAGGGCUGGGCUGUGCCCGGGUCUCUCGCUCGAGAUGGUCCAGCUUCUGAGGAGCCGCGGAAUCCGGACAGUAGUGGACCUGGUUUCUGCAAACCUGGAAGAGGUAGCCCAGACGUGUGGCUUGUCUUAUAAGGCCCUGGUUGCUGUGAGGCGGGUGCUGUUAGCCCAGUUCUCAGCUUUCCCCUCCAAUGGCGCUGAUCUCUAUGAGGAGCUGAAGACCACCACUGCCAUCCUGUCCACAGGCAUUGCAAGCCUGGACAGACUGCUUGAUACUGGUCUCUACACUGGAGAAGUGACUGAAUUUGUAGGAAGCCCAGGUAGCGGCAAAACUCAGGUAUGUCUUUGCACGGCUGCAAACGUGGCCCAUAGUUUGCAACAGAAUGUCUUGUACAUCGAUUCCAGUGGCGGUCUGACAGCCUCCCGACUCCUGCAGCUGCUUCAGGCCAGGACCCAGGAUGAGGAGGAACAGGCAGAAGCUCUCCAGAGGAUCCAGGUGGUGCAUGCGUUUGACAUCUUCCAGAUGCUGCAGGUGCUGCAGGACUUCCGAGGGUCUGUGGCCCAGCAGGUUAUCGCUUCUUCAGGGACUGUGAAGGUCGUGGUGGUAGACUCCGUCACCGCAGUGGUCUCCCCGCUUCUGGGAGGUCAACAGAGGGAAGGACUGGCUUUGAUGAUGCAGUUAGCCCGAGAACUAAAGACCGUGGCCCGGGACCUUGGUGUGGCAGUGCUGGUGACCAACCAUGUGACCCGAGACAGAGACAGUGGGAAUCUCAAACCUGCCCUUGGACGGUCGUGGAGCUUUGUCCCCAAUACCCGAGUUCUCCUGGAUGUGGGCGAGGGAGCAGGCCUGCUGGGCAGCCAUCGUGUGGCAUGCCUGACCAAGUCUUCCCGUCAGGCAACAGGAAUCCAGGAGACAGUAGACAUUGGGAGCUGGGGGAUUCCAGAGCAGAGCUCAGUACUGGACGGGAAUCAGACAUGA